AUGUCUGUUGAAUCAUCAUUAUCAUACGCUGCUUUAAUCUUAGCUGAUUCAGAAAUUGAAAUCUCAUCUGAAAAAUUAUUAGCUUUAACCACUGCUGCUAAAGUUCCAGUUGAUAAAAUUUGGGCUGAUUUAUAUGCUAAAGCUUUAGAAACCCAAGAUAUCAAAGAAUUAUUAACCAACAUCUCUGCUGGUGGUGCUUCUGCUGGUGUCGCUGCUGCUGCUCCAGGUGCUGCUGCUUCAACUGAAGAAGCUGCUGAAGAAGAAAAAGAAGAAGAAGCUAAAGAAGAAUCCGAUGAUGACAUGGGUUUCGGUUUGUUCGAUUAA